AAAUAUCGUGAACGAGAGAGAUCAGGACUAGAAAUAUAUGCACCAGAGAGUUGCGUUGAAAGUUGAGAGCGGUUAUCAACAAUAACAAUGUUUAAACGUGGCAAGAAAGCUAUAGGGUUUGGCGUAGUCGUGAUAGCCUGGUAUUGGUUCACGAAAAAACCAAAUACUACAGAAACGUUUCAUGGAAAAAAUAUCGUCAUCUGUGGUGGAUCGACAGGGAUAGGAGAACAGAUAGCUUACAGAUAUUGUGAACAAGGUGCAAAUGUAUUGGUAGUGGCGAGACGAGAAUGGGCUCUUAAAAAUGUUGUGGAAAAUUGUUCUCGUCUCGGUGCAUCUUCCGCUAACUUCAUGAUCGCUAAUUUAGAGGGAGGUGGCGAUGGCCCCAAAAAUCUUCUAUUUGAAUCAUUAAAUCGAUUUCAGAAAAUUGAUGUGCUGGUCUUAAACCACGUUGUAUACGAGAUAAAGCAAUGGCAAGCGGACAGAAAUUACAGCGACAUUGCAAAGGCAUUUAAUGUGAACGUCCUUAGUUACAUUCAUCUUACCACGCUAUUCCUACCCAGUCUGAAAGCAUCAGGUGGUCGGUUGUUGGUCAUUUCAUCUGGUUUAGGGCUAAUGACAUACCCUUACUUCGCUCUAUACUGUUCAAACAAGCAUGCUCUUCACGGAUUCUUCAAUGCAUUACGGCAAGAUUUGGCUCUCGACGGGGAUAAAAUGUCCAUAACUAUAAGCGUACUUGGUGCAAUCGCAACAGAAAAUGCAAUCAAAUUGGGAAACGGAAACCCCGUGGCUGGUAGCAACGGCUGGACACGACUCAGUCCCGUAGAUGCGUCGCGAGCCGCCGUAGAAGCCUCGUUGUAUCGAGAAAGACAAAUUCAUUUCCCGAAUUUUUUAAAGAUCCAUGCAAUAGCAAGCACACAUUUUCCUGACUUGACCGAACGGCUGAUAAGAUAUGUAUAUAAUUUAACUGGUUAAACACGUGCGUGCAUUACUUUAUUGAUUAGAAAAUUAUUGAUGUAUCCGCGCCUCGUGCAAGACUUCGUGUUUAGUCAUACACAACAUAUGAGCAAGCAUAUGAUCCAAGUCAGCGCAGACCACUGUCGCCCGACCUCUUUUGCCUUAGCCUGGCGGAGUUCUGAACUGCUGGCAAGUUGAAUGGCACUGUAUACGAAGUAGUGAAGUGCAGCAGAACUAUUAAGUUCAGUUAAUUGUAUCAUAUAUGUACAUAAUUAUUUAAAAAAGUUAAGGUUAAUCAUAUAGCAACAAACAUUCAUUAUGUUCUACAAUUUUAUUUCAAAAACUAGAAACACUACACAAACUGAAUCGUGGAGUGAUAACGCCAAAAAAAUUCUAUAAUCUUUUUAUCGUAUAAUUUUGUAGAUAACUGAAACAUGUCAUAUAACAACCAUGCAAUAUUUAAUACCAUAUAUUUAGACUUAGAAACACUUGUUUCUUAACAGAUUGUCACAAAAUUCGCAAUGGUAUAUGUUUUUUUUGUUCCAUUACCCACCAGGACAUGGAAGAAAUUAAUUUGUAAACACACGUCAAAGCAAUCUCAGAAAGAAAUUUGUCACGAAGUUAUAACAAUUUUGUCAUUUAUCAACAUGCAUGGUUGUCUGUUAUCUGUCACGACUUUUAACAAAGUUAUCUGUUGAGUCACUGAUAUACACAAGACUGGUUUGUCAACAAUUAAUUAAGCUAUAGGAAAAGGCAGAACAACGUAUCCUGAUAAUAGGUUGUGACAAAAUUCAAAUGCAUGUUUGAAAUAAUCCAUUACCACUCAUACCCAAGCAAAAACAUAUUUACAUGCAUGCACAAUUAAUUCACAUCAUUUUUCAUCUCAUUUCUACAACAAUUUCUUGCACGAUAGUAUUCAGUGAUGUUUAAACG